GUCAGCGGCGGCUGGAAGACGCCAUCAAGCGCAGGAAACAGCAGAGGCCGCGCCCCAAGUCCUGGGUCUAUAAGAUGAUUAGUGGCCCGAGGACCCAGGAGCCCGGGGAGGGGCCUUCCCACCCCCCGCCUCCCCGCCCGGACUCGGACACCCCCCUGAAAUGUCUGAUCAGCGAGUGGGACCUGCGCCUGCGGGAGCGGCUGGGCGACGGCUGCUUCGGGGUGGUGCACCGGGGAGAGUGGACCCCGCCCGGCGGGGGCACCCUCUCCGUGGCGGUGAAAUCCCUCCGCUCCGACGUCAGCACCGACCCCCUCGCGCUGGUCGAUUUCCUCAACGAGGUGAACGCCAUGAGCGGCCUGGAGCACCCCCACCUCCUGCGGCUCCACGGGGUCGUGCUCAGCCAGCCCCUCAAGAUGGUGACGGAGCUGGCCCCGCUGGGCUCCCUGUACGACCAGCUGCGCCCGCCCUACCCCCUGCACCGGCUCUGGCUCUACGCCGUGCAGGUGGCCCAGGGCAUGGCGUACCUGGAGUCGAAGCUCUUCAUCCACCGGGACCUGGCCGCCCGCAACGUCCUGCUGGCCUCGGAGGAGCACGCCAAGAUCGGCGACUUUGGCCUCAUGCGGGCGCUCUCGAGCAAGGGGGACCGAUACAUCAUGUCCGCGCACCGCAAAAUCCCCUUCGCCUGGUGCGCCCCCGAGAGCCUGCGCUCCGGCGUCUUCUCCCACGCGUCCGACGUGUGGAUGUUCGGGGUCACCCUCUGGGAGAUGUUCUCCUACUGCGAGGAACCCUGGAUGGGGCGCUCGGGGCGCCAGAUCAUGCUGAAGUUGGAGCGGGAGGGGGCGCGGCUGGAGUGCCCCGAGGACUGUCCCCGCGGCCUCUACGGCCUGCAGCGGCGCUGCUGGGCCCACAGCCCCGAGGAGAGACCCCACUUCCGGGACAUCAUCGGCCUGCUGCACGAGCUCCGUCCCCGGGAGGUGAGAGCCACUCAGGACUUGAAUGAACCAGGGUGGCUGAGACUAGAAACCAACGAUCUCAUCACGGUGAUUGAGGGCAGCCCUGAGUCCUCGGCCUGGCGGGGCCAGAACAGGCGGACUCUGCGGGUUGGGAUCUUCCCGGCCUCGGCGGUGAGCCAGGAGGAAUCGCCCACUGCUGGGCUGCGCCGGAUCAGCCUCCCCGUCCCCAACAGCUUCCAGCACGUGGGACACGGCGACCCCCACCCCGGCCGCAGCUGGGGAGCCCCUGACUGCAUGGGGGAGCCGAAGGAGAAGUCCCGGGACGCUAAAGAACCUGGCGGGAUCAAACCGGGGGGCCUGCAGCUUCUCCGGCUGACGCGUCUCUCUAAGAGUCUGGACUCAGUGAUGGAUUUCAGCGUCCUUCGGACGACACCCAGGCAUCCGGGUGACGAUCCUGCCUUCCUGCCUCAUCACCUCAGCAACCCACCGUCCCGCCCGCCGAGGGAAAUGGGGCUCCGACCCCUGGAGACGCCCCCGAAGUCACGGCCUGCCCCUCGGCCCUGCCAACCCCGAAGGAUAGAUGCGCCACUCCAGCAACCUGGGGCCAGGGACAGGAGGGAGGCAGGGGGGACCAGGGCCCCUGGGGGGGCCCACAAGGCUGCCGUGGGGGUCAUGGGGCCCCCAUGUCGCGGGCAGAAAGGCAACAGCGAUGUGGAGCGGAAAAUCAAAGAGGUGGAGGAGAAGGUCCACGGGGUGACGGUGGAGGAGUGUCACGAGGCCCUGAGGCUGCACGGCUGGGACACCCAGAAAGCCAUCGAGACGCUGAAGGUUGACCAGCUGUUCCACAUCAGCCCGCACUCCCGGGGCGAGUGCCGGCGCAUCCUGGAGAAGCAUCGCUGGAACCUGGCCAUGGCCUCGCGCUACGUCCUGAGCCGUGGCCUCCGGGCCUGAAGGGGGUGACGUCCUGCCCCCCCAGCUUCCCGCCUCCGCCUGGCCUCGACCCUUCGGCCUCCCAGAGCGGGGGAGAGAACCCAGGAGUCCUGGCUCCCGGCCC